GAGCACAGGCGGGCGGGUUGGCUGCGGCGGCCAUCUUGAGUGAGGCGGGGAGUGAGUACAGGCGGGCGGGUUGGCUGCGGCGGCCAUCUUCUCUGUGUGCCGGUCUCUCAGUCGGUCGCUCGCUCGCUCGCCUCCCGGGAGCCAUGACGGACCGUUAUAACAUCCACAGUCAGCUGGAGCACCUGCAGAGUAAGUAUAUCGGCACGGGCCACGCCGACACCACCAAGUGGGAGUGGCUGGUCAACCAGCACCGCGACAGCUACGCCUCGUACAUGGGUCACUUCGACCUCCUCAACUACUUCGCUGUGGCCGAGAACGAGACCAAGGCCCGGGUCCGCUUCAACCUCAUGGAGAAGAUGCUGCAGCCCUGCGGCCCCCCGCCCGACAAGCCUGAGGAGGCCUGAGAGCAGGGGAGAGGCCCGGGGGGGAAGCGGGGGAUUGUGAGGAGAGGAGAGACUUGAGGAGAAAGAUGACGAGGGCGGAGAAGUCGAG